CCCACAAAUGCCGAUCCUUGGAUCGCCUCAGAAACCAUUAGCCUUAAUAUACAGUUUAAGUUUAGAGAUAGCUUGCCUGCCCUCCUCCCGUUUCGGUUGCUACAAUGACGUGUAUUGACUGCAGUGCGAAGCCAAGUCACGGUUGUUGGGAUGCAUGCAUCUACAUGUAUGUAUCUUGCUUGUCGCAGCCAAGGCACUUUGACAGCUGACACCGCAUGUGCUUGAUACCGCUGGGAAGCGAACGCAAUACGCACGAGGCAACGCAUUUGAUAAAGACUACUAGAGGAGUCACAGCACGGAAGGUUGCUUGUCCAAGCAACGGCAGGCAGUACUAGUACCUCGACGGCAACCAAAAACUAGCUACUAGGCAGCAAUGGGAACACACCUUUUAAUUCUGCACUUUGUUGCGGCCUUUAGACCGUUCUCAUUGCCUUCACCGGGUCAUUUCAUGGCGCAUCCCAGCACGUCCCAGCUACCAGUAAUACGUCAGUAGUUUGCCAUGGGAAGAAGUCACCUACCGAAGCCCAAGCCUCAAAAAACUAGCUAAAUCAAAAUCCUCCACACAAAAAAAAGACAACCAUCAUUAUUACUUCGUUCUUUCAUUCGUAGUAGUCUCCAGUUCAUUCUGUGUAUUACCAGGCACCGAUAGAGAAUGGACAGACGAGCCAAUUCCAAUCCAUCCACUGGUGUUGGCAGCGUGGACCCAGAUGCUGCAAACUCCAGCAGCAGCAGCAGCAAGCCAGAAGAAGAAGAAAUUGACCAAGUGUUUACGGAUAUUCUCAUCAAGCGAGAUGAACUAGAAGCGGCACAAUAUCAAGCAGAAGAAUCUGCCAACAUCGUCGUCGAGAAGAACAAGACAUCAACCAAACAGCAGCAGAAGGAAUCGUUUCCUAAUCACGUGAGGCAGGAAACUGCAAGCACCGGGGACCAACCACAAGAUCAUGAGGAGACAGAUCUCAUGGAGAUUGUGGCAGGGAGAGUCAGCGCGGCAGUGGCUGAGCUCCUGCAAGAAGAAGAACUCAGGGCCAAAAAGAAUAGCCAAGGUAACACCAUGGCAAAGGGUGGGAUUGAUGAACCGCAGGAUCGUGAGGAGACAGAUCUCAUGGAGAUUGUGGCUGGGAGAGUCAGCGCGGCAGUGGCUCAGCUUAUGCAAGAAGACGACCUCAGAGCCAAAAUGAAUAGCCAGGGUAUCUCCAUGGCAAAGGGUGAAACUGAUCAACCAGAGGAUCAUGAGGAGAUAGAUCUCAUGGAGAUUGUGGCAGCUAGAGUCAGUGUGGCAGUGGCUCAGCUUAUGCAAGAAGACGACCUCAGGGCCAAAAUGAAUAGCCAGGGUAUCUCCAUGGAAAAGGGUGGGACUGAUCAACCACAGGAUCGUGAGGAGAUAGAUCUCAUGGAGAUUGUGGCAGCGAGAGUCAGUGUGGCAGUGGCUCAGCUCCUGCAAGAAGACGACCUCAGAGCCAAAAUGAACAGCCAGGGUAUCUCCAUGGAAAAGGGUGGGACUGCUAACCCAUCAAACUCCCAUGAUGCCACCGGCAUGGAACAGGCAUAG